AUGUCUGGCACCGUCAUAAUAACUGGCGCCAACGGCUCCGUAGCCCUAGGCUUCGUCGACCAUAUCCUCUCGUCCUACCCAUCGUACACCCUUCUCGCCACCGUCCGCGACCCAUCCGACGCCAACUCUGCAAAGCUCUCCAACAUUACAACCUCGAAACCCAACGCAAAGGCUCACAUCGAAGCUCUCGACCUUUCUUCCCUCGCGGAUGUACGAUCGUUUGCUGAAAAGACGGCCGAGAGGGUCAAGAGUGGAAAGUUGCCGCGUAUCAAGGCCAUUGUGUGCAACGCUUUCACUUGGUCUUUAUCAGAGACAAAGUACACGCAAGAUGGCCUCGAGGCAUCCUUCCAAGUCGGACACCUGUCACACUACCUCCUCAUCCUCAAACUCCUCGGAUCCAUGGCUUCUGACGGGAGGAUUGUCCUCCUCGGCUCCAACGCUCACUAUCCCGACAGACCACACCCUCUCACCAAGCUCAUCGCAGAGAUUCCAGAGGACGUGGGGCAGAUCGUGAAGCCUUUGCCUGAUGAGCCUGGGCAGGAGCAUGAUCUCACGGCAAUGGACCCAGGCGGCAUCGUCGACUCCCGCGCGCACACGGCCCAAAAACCCGUCAUCCGCUUCGUUCUCAGCACGAUAUCACAUCUCCUCCCCCUUACAAAACACAUAACAAGUUCAUUCCGUCGCUCCGCAGACGCGGGCAAAGACCUAGCAGAGUUGAGCGUCGGAAAAGAGUUUGAAGGCAUAGGGGGGUAUUUCUUGGGCGUCAAGAGGGAGGAGGAGGCUCCAAUGACCAAGGAAGAGAGUAAGCAGAGGAUUCUGUGGGAGGCGUGUUGGAGAUGGGCGGGACUGGAGGAGGGGGAGACGGUCUUGGUUGGUGCUGCGCCUUGA